AUGCAUCGUUUGCUGGACGUGGUGGAGACGCCCGGCUCCGUCGGGGCUCUCGCUGCAGUUCCGCACCCGCAUACUGUGGAGGGUGUGGAGCUGAGGGGUCCUGCCCGGGAGCCCUGCACCCUGACCCUCGCCCAGAGGAACGGGCAAUAUGAGUUAAUAAUCCAGUUGCACGGGAAGGAACAGCAUGUUCAAGAUAUCAUUCCUAUAAAUAGCCACUUUAGAUGUGUUCAAGAAGCAGAAGAAAAUCUUUUGAUCGAUAUAGCUUCAAACAAUGGCUGCAAAAUUCGGGUUCAAGGGGACUGGACCAGAGAGCGCCGCUUUGAAAUCCCUGAUGAGGAAGGCUGUUUGAAGUUCCUGUCAGAGGUCCGUGCUGCUCAGGAAGAACACUCACAGCUUCUUGUUCCAGAACAAAAGGACUCAUCCAGCUGGUACCAGAAAUUAGACACUACGGAAAAACCUAGUUGUUCAGGGCUUCUUGGAUUUGAGGAUAGUUUUUCAUCUAUGAGUUUGGACAAGAAAAUCAGUUCACAAAGUCAGCCUAUGGGGAGUCAUCGGGAACCUCCACCCCCACCCCCUUCAGUGAGCAGAAUGCUUCCUCGUGACAAAGAAGCUUCUAACAAGGAACAGCCCAAAGUGACCAACACCAUGCGGAAGCUCUUUGUACCAAAUAACCAGUCUGGACAACGGGAAGGUCUCAUCAAACAUAUCCUGGCAAAACGAGAGAAAGAGUAUGUCAACAUUCAGACUUUCAGAUUUUUUGUUGGGACUUGGAACGUGAAUGGCCAGUCUCCAGAUAGUGGAUUAGAACCUUGGCUGAACUGUGAUCCGAAUCCUCCUGAUAUCUACUGCAUUGGAUUCCAAGAGCUGGACUUGAGCACAGAAGCCUUUUUCUACUUUGAAUCCAUGAAGGAACAAGAAUGGUCCUUAGCUGUAGAAAGGGCUUUGCAUUCCCAGGCCAAGUAUAAGAAAGUUCAACUAGUUCGCCUUGUUGGGAUGAUGCUCCUGAUAUAUGCCAGAAAGGAUCAGUGGCAAUAUAUCCGUGAUGUUGCUACAGAAACAGUUGGAACCGGAGUCAUGGGAAAAAUGGGAAACAAAGGAGGGGUAGCUGUGAGAUUUGUAUUUCACAACACUACAUUUUGCAUUGUCAAUUCCCACCUGGCUGCCCAUGUGGAGGACUUUGAGAGAAGGAAUCAAGAUUAUAAGGACAUCUGUGCACGAAUGAGUUUUGUGGUCCCAAAUCAGGCCCUCCCGCAGCUGAACAUCAUGAAACAUGAUGUUGUCAUCUGGUUGGGAGAUUUGAACUACAGACUUUGCAUGCCUGAUGCCAAUGAAGUAAAAAAUCUUAUACACAGGAAUGACCUUACAAGACUUCUCAAAUUUGACCAGCUAAAUAUUCAGCGCACACAGAAAAAAGCUUUUGCUGACUUCACUGAAGGGGAAAUCAGGUUUAUCCCCACUUAUAAGUAUGACUCCAAAACAGACCGAUGGGAUUCCAGUGGGAAAUGUCGGGUUCCAGCCUGGUGUGACCGAAUUCUUUGGAGAGGAACAAAUGUUAAUCAGCUUCAUUACCGGAGUCACAUGGAACUGAAAACCAGUGACCACAAGCCUGUUAGCGCCCUCUUCCAUAUUGGGGUGAAGGUCGUUGAUGAAAGGAGGUAUCGGAAAGUGUUUGAAGAUAUUGUACGCAUCAUGGACAGAAUGGAGAAUGACUUCCUUCCCUCUUUAGAACUCAGCAGGAGGGAGUUUGUGUUUGCGAAUGUGAAGUUUCGGCAACUACAAAAGGAGAAGUUCCGUAUCAUCAACAAUGGACAGGUUCCCUGCCAUUUUUCUUUCAUCCCUAAGCUUAAUGACACCCAGUACUGCAAGCCAUGGCUUCGGGCUGAACCUUAUCAGGGCUACUUGGAGCCAAAUGAGACCGUGGACAUUUCCCUUGAUGUGUAUGUCAGCAAAGAUUCUGUGACCAUCCUGAACUCAGGGGAAGAUAAAAUUGAAGAUAUUCUUGUCCUUCACUUGGAUCGAGGCAAAGAUUACUUUUUGACCAUCAGUGGAAAUUACCUCCCAAGUUGUUUUGGUACAUCCUUAGAGGCUUUGUGCCGAAUGAAGAGACCAAUCCGAGAAGUUCCUGUUACCAAACUCAUAGACUUGGAAGAAGACAGCUUCCUAGAAAAGGAGAAAUCCCUUCUGCAGAUGGUUCCCUUGGAUGAAGGCACCAGUGAGAGACCCCUUCAAGUCCCCAAGGAGAUCUGGCUACUGGUAGAUCACUUAUUCAGAUAUGCCUGUCACCAGGAGGACCUGUUCCAAACCCCUGGACUGCAGGAAGAGUUACAGCAGAUCAUAGACUGUCUGGAUACCAGCCUUCCCGAGAAAAUCCCUGGCAGUAAUCACUCUGUGGCUGAAGCACUGCUCAUUUUCCUGGAAGCCCUGCCAGAGCCUGUCAUCUGUUAUGAACUGUAUCAGCGAUGCGUUGACUCUUCUCAGGAUCCCCGGGUCUGCAGACAGGUGAUUUCCCAGCUUCCAAGAUGCCAUAGAAAUGUUUUCCGUUACUUGAUGGCAUUCCUUCGAGAACUCUUAAAAUUCUCCGAAUACAACAAUGUCAGUGCCAACAUGAUCGCUACUCUCUUCACAAGUCUUCUCCUGAGGCCUCCACCUAACUUGUUGGCAAGACAGACUGCAGGUGACCGCCAGCGUGCUAUCCAGUUCCUUUUGGGUUUCCUGCUUGGGGGCGAUGAAGACUAAUAAGCCCUUAUCUCUUAACUGCUCUUCGAGAUUCUAGCGAUGGAAGAUCUUGGACACCAAGUAUUUCAGAGUGAUUUGCAAAGUCAUGCCACAGGAAGGGUCUGUUGCAGAAUUUUGAGGCUAUUGGCAUGAAAAAGGAAGAGUUUCCCUAAUCCCUCCCUUCCGUAUCCUACACAGAAAAAUACUAUUAGACUUAUAUUGCCAAGCCAAAGUUACCACGUUUUGGUGUUUUUGCGUUCUCUCUUUAUAAGGCAAAGAGAUCUGUAUUUACACUUGUUUACCUGGGGAUGUGUUUAUUGCCCCCCACCCAGCUGUCAUGAUUGUCCUUAGCACCCUAGGCCUAGAUUCUGAGAUGUUUCUGUUCUAGGCCUACAAGCACUACUUGGUGUAGCUCAGACUUGUGUGUAGUCCUUCCUUUAAAGCACUUUUGCCCUACUGUCCCCACGUGGCCACUUUGCACUCCACUCCACUAGUGCUAUCACAUCGAAGGAAGUCUGAGUAAGGCUAGUGACUCCUUGGGUAUCCCCAACAGUGAGUUAACGUUCUACAUGUUUUUGUUACAUGCAUUUGUGCAUUUCUGCUACAGUGGUAUCUAUAUGUCUCUGUAACAUUGGCCUUCUCAUGGAUCUGCACUGGGUGGAACCAUAGUCUCUUGUCUCAGAUCACAUUUAGUAGCAGAACUUUAGGGACUAUUAGAAAUGACAUUCCAUUGAUGUGAGAGAAUCAUAACCAGAUUGGAAGCACUUUGAGUAUUCACAAGUGAAAUCAUUCAUGUUUGACAGAUCUUGCUUCCUACCAUCCCUUUCUCUUUUUCAAAUUUUACAUGAGAACUAAUCCUGGGUGCCUAUGGGACCCAUCCCCCACUUAGAAAUCCACCUCUGGAGCAACACUUACACCAGUCAAAAAGCAAGUCUGCACCUCAAACAGACUUUUCUAGAGAUACUGCUCCUCCUCCCUCUCUAGUCUCCUGAUGUACAAGGGGCCAGUGUCACCCCCUCCCUCAUCAAGGCUGACUGUAACCAGCUCCCUUCAGCUCCCAGCCACUUUGUCCAGUACUGUGUAAGGGAGAUUGUGCAGUGGGAUCAGCUAAGCACCUUUCUCUCCCACCCAAGACAGCCCCUCUGAGCUCUUCAUUUAUUCAAGCUCUAUAGGGCAACCUUUUUUAAAAAAAAAACUAUGUUGGUUGGCAAACCAGCCACUGACUGCAAAACUGCCUGAUGCAAUUGGCUUCCUCUUGGUUUUCUUUCAUUAAAACCAUCCUGAGUCAGCUUAUUAAAUCCAAGUUGCCUAACGGACAGACAUUGUGUCCAGUGUCAGUUAGGACACUGACUCCUAACCUUCUGGUGCAUAAAAGGAGAGAGCCAAGAGAAACACCACAGCUGAAUGGUUCUCUAGUUCCACCAUCUCUUAUAACUUGAGUUUUUUGGGGAAAGAAAAUGUACGUAUCCUGUGAUAGACUGGAUAAACCCUUUCCUGACUGAGACUUGCGGAAGUAGGAAUCAAAUUACUGGUGCCAAAUAGCUACAGGUCUGUUAGAUUAGGGGCUGGGUAUUGACGUAGUAAAUGGAAGAUGGUGAGCAGAACACUUUUGUCAGAAAGGGAUCAUAGGUGAGGCAGAUUAUAGAAGUUGGGCAAGGUCAUAACACAAAGAUAGGCACAUUUUCUAGUAUGUUGUCAACCUGGGACCUUUGGGUAGUCAGCGAUGUGGUUAGUGGGAACUGUGUGCUGCAUCCUAGCUCUUUCCUCAUAAGGCAAACGCCCUAGGUUAGUUCAUUGCCUCAACCUUUUUUCCGGCUCUGGUCCUAGGAUGUACACAGGGUUGAGAGUUUUAGACAAUCUCUAGGUAGGGGAGACAAGAAAUAGAGCAGACAUAAGAGAUCUGCCUCCUUUAGCACCCCAACCUCUAAUUCCUAAGUACCUCCAAUGUACUACUCCGUAACACCUCUGAAGGGAGGAAUUCAGAUCCAGCUGGUAGGGAAGGGCUCUGCAUCUACAGUUUUAGGGAAGAAACGUUGCAAACUCGUGUGGUUAAUGUUGCAUUAGUCUCCCUUUCACUGUUUUCUGACUCUUAUUCUGUAAUUGUUUGUUACAUUUCCCAAAAAUGUUUUGGUCACUAAGCAAAGCUGCUAGUGGGAUUCUGUAUUUUGUGUCAUCUUUUUUAUUAUAAUUUAUUGCAAAUCGUUUUCUGAAUAAAUGUUAUGUUGUGUGAAAAA